GUCGGACUAAGAUGGGACUAGAGCACAGGUGAGAGAAGCUUAGGGGGUGGGUUAGGAAAGCUCUAAAUCCAGAUGCUCUAGCUCAGGUCACUUGACAGACCAAAUCUAGGAGAGGUUUGCGGCCAUGGUUCAAUCUCACUUGUUAUAACUCGAGGGUAGAUCUUUCUUUUCCGGCGUCGUUCGAGAGGGUUCUCGUCGAAAAAGGGGAGGUUUUAUACAGCACAGUACCCAGCCGACGACGCGAAACGGUAAAAAAAAAAGUGGCUUACAUCAACCCCAAAACUGAAUAGGGAGCCAUGGCUGGAUCAAAGACAUUCGAGCAGUCGCCGCCUCUCACGGCCAGCGACUCGGCCGAACUACACACAAAACGCUCCAAUACGCCCGCCCUCCUCGUCCGGCGGUCUUCCUUGAUGAGCAAGUUCCCCGAGUCGAGCUCCUCCGCCUACGUCCUCGACUGGGAGACCGACAAGUGCAAGCAGCGCCUCCUCAACCACGCCGAAGACCUCUUGCGGGAAGCCGUGGGCCGGAGGCGGCUCACCAUCGUCCAGGGCCUGCCGCUGGAUCUGGUCCAGGUGUUGAGGGAUUCCCUGGGCGUAAACUCUGGGUUCCUCGAAGCGCAUGCGGGCAGGCGGCGGCAUCGGCCGUCUGGGAGCGAUGAGGGUUCGACUUUUAUUUCGUUUGCGUAUCCGGAGCUGGUCAAGACUACGAGGGGGAACUAUGGCCCGGAUCCUGGGUAUAAGCCGUCGGCGAGGCAAUCUGACUUGGUGGAUGUGAUGGAUGAGGCACCAUUUCAUAUGAUGUCGAGGGAUGGGCAGGCAGUCAUGUUCUGUCAUGCUUCCUUGUGGAUGAGCAGCAAAGCUGAUGUCCUCUUUCUAGACCGACCCAUAUGGAACGACCCAUCAUCACAAGUCCAAAAGGCGCGGAGACCACUCUCCGUCACCCGCUCAUGGCAAAACAAAAUAGACGAGUCCCAAAUGGACGGCACCUCAGUCUGGAACGUCCUCAUAGCCGAAGGCGACGAGCUCCCAGGCCUCGAAGACAGCCUCCUCCGCACCUUUCGUCACUCCAACGUCACGAGGCAAACCCUUCCCGAAAUUCUCUGCGAAGCCGUCCACGACAAGUGGCUCGACUUCUUCGAGACCCUCCCAUCGUGCGCACAGCCCGGGUCUCUACAGGACGGGGGACUCUACUGGCAGGCGACGGAAUCUCUCGAGCAGAACCUCGAUCUUGCGCAGGACCAGGCGCGCCAGCCGCUCCUGGGUGGUGGCGGCGGCAGCAUGCGACAUCCGGACUGGCGGUCGCUCCAUGAGCGUCUCCAGCGCCGCGUGGCCAUUUCAAAGCUCGGUUCGACGCCGAGGCCGCAGACCUCCUGGCCCCGAACACAACCCACGACGGCAGCGCUGCAGACACGGGAUGUCAAUAUGCCGAUGCAAGGCACCAACAACCAGCCGUACCCGGAUACCAUGGCGGCAGACGGUGGUAAAGAAGCGAACCAGCGCGCCCUCGACCGCGUAACAUACCUCGGAGGCAUCCUCCUCCCAUUCACAGUAGUCUCCGCCAUUCUCUCCAUGAACGAGGAGUACUCCCCCAACGCGCCGCGGUUCUGGGUCUUCUGGGUCUCCUCCAUCGGCGCCGCCAUCCUCUGCCUCCUCAUCAUCUACCUAGAUCAGCUUCGCUGCCUCGAAGUGUAUUUCGAAGUAGCCGCAGCGGGGACAGUCGAGUCUUUAUUCCCAUCCAGCAAAACGCAUACUGCCACCGCCGGCAAUGGGAUAUCUCUCAUGUCGAUGCCUCCGCAGUCGAGAUGGCGCCGGCCGGCGACGGAGAUGUACAUGGACAUGGCGGAGCCCGGCGGAGGGGACGUCGAGGUCAUGGCCGACUCGGCGGUGAACCCUACCAUGGUCGUGCAACAGGGCAGAGACGGGUCGAACCCCAAGGCGUGGCGGAGGAGACAGCUCGGCUGGGGCGGAGCCGUGAAGAAGGUUGUCGGGUAUUAUAGCUGGACGGGCGGCAAGCCGGUACAGAUUAGCCCGUACGGGUCGGAGAGGCUCCAGAUGAAGACGAUUUGAUAAUGAGUGGUGUAGUUUACGAUAAUGAUAAUCUGAUCUGGUCAAGAAAAAAAUGUGACUUUGUUUGGUCGUACGACGGGCCAUAGUUGCGUUUAAUAUGACGCGUUCUGAUCUUCUCAUACUUUUUUCCCCUGCUCAAGAUGUCCCGAAUCCCGCCAGGCGAGGCCGGCGUGGGUCGGCGUGGGGCCGUGUCCGGAUGCAACGUCCGUCCGAUAAGAAAGCCUUUGUUGCUCCGGAAGUAUCAAGUCUUUAUCAGAUGCCCAUGGAGAGCUCUCAACUUCUCGACCCUGGGAAGCCUGGAACAUACAGCAGAAAAUCAGGGAGAGCUGAAAAUGUCCAAUCAGCUUUCUGGAACAGGAAUACGGCGGUUGGUACGGCCUUGC